AUGACUCUCGGCCACCGGGGCAGAGAAUGCCCCCAGCCGGCGGUUGUUGUGGAGGAUGACGACGAAGUGGAGAUGGACCGGGCGACCGAUCGCGCGGCCGACGAUGAUGGCGACGUACCAGCGGACCCUCUUCACCACACCGACUCACCUCCGCGACCCCCGCCCGCAAUGAUGACUAUUGUUGACACCACCGGGGUGCAUUUCCUCCCGGUGACGUGGUGCGGCUGUACCGAUGCCGGUGACCACACAUCGCAGCUUCUCGAUGCCGGGUUGUAUCCGGCAAGCCAGCGGAAGGCUCGUACAUGCUUCACCUUUGGGGCACUUGACAGUUUCCUGCUGGACAAUCUGGAGUUACCGGUGAGUGAUCGUGCAGAAUACCAGCACACCCACAUGAUUGAAAUGGAAGCGAAGAAACAGUUUGGAUACGGGCUGCAGUGGCGAGAGGCCCCGGGCAACGGAGACCUUGCUCACUUUUGCCCGGCAUGUCCGCAGCCCGGAGUGAACAUACCCGCGGACUGGGAGGUGGAUGAUAGGAAGUACCUAUAUGCCCGAGGAUAUGUCAUGGAUGGGAACUUCCACACCGAGCAAAUGAAAAUGCGCAAGCCAGAGAACGACGUACCGUUGAUGCCGGGGAAAAUGUUCAUGGUUCAUCCCGGCCCAUACGAGGAGCACCUGAAAGUAGCGAAGGACGUGAAGAUGCACUCAAGCUGCAACGACCACAAGGCGGUCUCCCAGGCCAACGCCAACCGGCAUAAGCUGGCUGUUACCGGGAUCGGCGCAACAUCUUGUUUGAGGCACAGGUGCUUCCUUCCGCACUCGGUAGUGAACUAUCAGAAGGGCGAACGUCAGAUGAACAUGGACUACUCCCUGUCCAAUGCUCUCGGCUACCGCUCGAGAGGUAUUGGGCACGUCUAUGUAUCAUACGACAUCAUGUGCCAGUACCACGUCCAUCUCCAUGACCGAUUUGACGACAAUCCUUAUCUUCAAAUGCCGGGGGCCUCGUCCUAUACAAGUGCAUUGGCCUCUUUCACAUUCACGGGGGCCGGGGAAGCUGACGGCGAGAUCAUCGAAACCCAAUGGUCGGGGAUCAAUCCCGUGUCGGGUAGUACCCGCUCAAUGUCAACAUCCCACCGGCAGGAAACCCUCGACCGGCACAUGAACAAUUGGAAUUGGAAGAAGAUGAUCACCAUGGUGGCUUCGCUGAGAAGAAAAAUCAAAGCCAAUCGGCCACUGCUGGCCGACAUGAAGGCCGACCUCACCGCGAAGGAGGCCAGUGUCGAUGCCGAGAUUUUGGGAGAGUAUCAAGCGAAGAAACAAAUUAUGCCUUCGCGGCUCGAACUUCAGAUUAAGCUGGCAGAAGAAGAGGGUGACGGCGGGGACCGCGUUGGCACAGCGGACUGGAUUGCCGAUGGCCUUAAGCUUGAAGAGCAACAACUCGCAAUCCAGAAAGACAUAAAGCAAAUGGGGGCCAUUGUGACGGGGGCUCAAGAGUUAAAGCUGGCCAAACGGAGGAAGCCUCUCGAGAGUCAGAUCCGGCGGUUCCACCGGCGAGCGGCUGCAAUUCACCGAAGGCAUGACUGGGGCGUGGCAGAGGAGGAAGCAGUGGAUGACGACUCGGCUGCGGAGUGGGAAGAAGAUCCCAACGAUCCCCCAGCACAUGCCGACAAUCCAUGGUCCAUCUUUCCCAGUAAACCGCCCGCACCAUACCCAGUGAAGGCGGCGGAACAUACGAAACUCGGGCUACCUUCGAAUUUCACGCGGAAUGCUCUAACCGCCAAUGGAUUGCAACGUUUGGCCGCGCACGAGCUCACUCUGCGGCGCGGACAAGCAAAUGAUGCCUUGCAGCAGCUUCGGAUUCUCAUCGGCAAGAAAUCGUUUGAGUUCCAGACAACCAUUCGGCACGGGAGGAAAGAUGGCAACAAGAAGCGCACCCGAUCCUUACCAAGUUGGGUAAACUCGACCGAGCUGUACAGCUUCAAGCCGCAAUCUAUCGCCGGGCCCGAGCGGCGAUGCAAGUGCUCGGCCUUAACUGCAAUUGCCGAGCCCAACAAGGCCGGCCAACGGCACAAAUCCCCCUCGUGGAUAUGGAAUGUUAACGUCGGUGGCGACAUACGGAGCAAUGACGAGUUGGGAAUCAUUCACAGGGUACAGUGGUUCCAUGCCCGUUCAAAGGUCGACAGAUUGGAGGAAGAAGCCGCCAUAUUGCGCAGGGAGCUUGACUCCGUGUGCCGAUACUUUGACCACGAAGCAUGCCGGUGGCGAGGACUAGUGACCAAUAACACCGAUGCCGAGUACCCAGGAUUUUCCCAGCACUGCCGAGCACAAGCUGCACUGUUCGAUCACCUGCAUGAAGAUGCGAAAGUGGCAUGGCGGGAUCUGUACCUGGAGCCAAAUCUCAUGACUUGA